ACUUUCGGGAUCUUCCGUUUUGGGUAUUUUGCCAGGUGAAAAUAARGCGAUUCGUGUAUCACAUAAUUCUAACCCUUUGGUACGUUCCGGGACGACGGCCGCACGCCCCAGGUCCGCGCGGCCAACCGUCUCCGCUAGGGUUGUUUGAGCGUCAGAAGUGUUCCGGACUUCGUAGCGUUUGGGUCGCAGCGCGGGGUUCGUUUGAAUUCGGGCGCGCUCGGGUGCCGAACAGCGGCCCGUCGACCGGCAGUCGCACUCCGCGCCGCUCGUACCCGGUCGGUGUCAUUCGUCGGAAUCCGAGAGAGCCUGACCGUUUGACUGUAAUCGUUGCCACUUGCCGCCGCGCGCUCAUACACAUACACACACGCCCAAACACACUCACGCACAGAGCGCGCGCGCACACGCACAAUCAUCCGUAUCCGUACGAACGAUCGCUUCCGUCGACCGUCCGUAUGUUUUGCUUCUGCUGCUGCCAGUGGUGACGUUUAUUGUCCAGCGGACGGUGUCAGACGUGAUUGUGUGUAGUGCGUGUGUCGUCGCUGCCGCCGUCGUCGUCGUCGUCGUCGCCGUCGCCGUUAACGUUAACGUCACCGCCGCGAGAUAUCGUGCAGCAGGUGUAGCGUUUUAAAAUAAUUAAGAGUCCGACGUUGAAUCGUCGUCGUCUCCGGUGAGAAACAUACGUCCACUACACUACCUUUAGCUCUUCGUCGCUGUCCGCGAUGGCCGGCAACAUGGGCAUGGAACAGUUGAUACCCAUCGUGAACAAGCUUCAAGAUGCGUUCACCCAGCUGGGCGUGCACAUGCAGCUGGACUUGCCACAGAUUGCGGUGGUCGGUGGCCAGAGCGCUGGUAAAAGUUCCGUGCUGGAGAACUUUGUGGGAAGGGAUUUUCUUCCAAGAGGUUCCGGAAUUGUAACUCGUCGUCCUCUUAUUCUUCAGUUGAUUAAUAGUACAUUGGAAUAUGGAGAAUUUCUUCAUUGCAAAGGAAAGAAGUUUACAGAUUUUGAAGAAAUUAGGCGUGAAAUAGAAAAUGAAACUGAUCGUAUGACUGGAUCUAAUAAAGGCAUUUCUAAUAUACCAAUAAAUUUGAGGGUAUAUUCUCCUAAUGUGUUGAACCUGACCCUUGUUGAUUUGCCUGGUAUGACCAAAGUACCUGUUGGGGACCAGCCUCCUGACAUAGAGCAACAAAUAAGAUCAAUGUUAUUCACUUUUGUUAAACGAGAUAAUUGCCUAAUUUUGGCUGUAACACCAGCUAACCAAGAUUUGGCCAACAGUGAUGCAUUAAAAAUUUCUAAAGAAGUUGACCCUGAAGGUAUGCGAACUAUUGGUGUCAUAACAAAAUUGGACCUGAUGGACGAAGGAACUGAUGCGAGAGACAUACUGGAAAAUAAGCUUUUGCCUCUCAGGCGUGGUUACAUUGGUGUAGUAAAUAGAAGUCAGAAAGAUAUYGAUGGCCGUAAAGAUAUUAAAGCUGCUUUGAGUGCAGAAAGAAAAUUCUUCUUGGGACAUCCAUCUUAUAGACAUAUGGCCGACAGACUUGGUACACCAUAUUUGCAAAGAGUUUUGAAUCAACAGCUCACAAAUCAUAUUAGAGAUACAUUGCCAGGUCUUAGGGAUAAAUUACAAAAACAAUUACUUACGUUAGAAAAAGAUGUCGAACAGUUUAAAUACUUUAGGCCAGAUGAUCCAGCUAUUAAAACCAAAGCAAUGUUACAAAUGAUUCAACAACUUCAAUCAGAUUUUGAACGCACAAUUGAAGGUUCUGGUUCUGCUCAGAUAAAUACCAAUGAACUAUCUGGAGGUGCUAAAAUUAAUCGUUUGUUCCAUGAGCGGUUCCCAUUCGAGAUUGUGAAAAUGGAAAUUGAUGAAAAAGAAUUAAGGAGGGAAAUAGCAUUUGCAAUUAGAAACAUUCAUGGUAUAAGAGUGGGUUUAUUCACACCUGAUAUGGCGUUUGAAGCUAUUGUAAAAAAACAAAUUGCUAGGUUGAAAGAACCAUCAUUGAAAUGUACUGAUCUUGUUGUUAAUGAACUAUCUAACGUAGUUAGAAUUUGUACAGACAAGAUGUCUAGGUAUCCACGUUUACGAGAAGAAACAGAACGAAUCAUUACAUCAUACAUUCGUAAUCGUGAACAAAUGUGUAAAGAACAGUUAAUCCUUUUGGUUGAAUGUGAACUUGCUUACAUGAAUACAAAUCAUGAAGAUUUCAUUGGAUUUGCAAAUGCACAACAGUCUUCUGAUAAUUCUAAUAAAACUCAUAAGCUUGGUAAUCAAGUGAUACGUAAAGGUUGGAUGUGUAUACACAAUUUGGGCAUCAUGAAAGGAGGAUCUAGGGAUUAUUGGUUUGUGUUAAUGUCUGAAAACAUCUCAUGGUUCAAAGAUGAAGAGGAAAGAGAAAAAAAGUACAUGUUACCAUUAGAUGGAUUGAAAAUUAAAGAUGUUGAACAAGGUUUUAUGUCUCGCCGUCAUACAUUUGCAUUGUUUAAUCCAGAAGGCCGUAAUGUUUACAAGGACUACAAACAGCUUGAAUUAAGUUGUGAAACACAAGAUGAUGUAGAUUCUUGGAAGGCAUCAUUUUUACGCGCAGGUGUUUAUCCAGAAAAGUCAUCAGAUGUAUCUAAUAGUGAUGAGGAUGGUCGUGAGAGCAGUACAGAAUCGACUACAUCUAUGGAUCCAGUUUUGGAAAGACARGUGGAGACUAUAAGAAAUUUAGUUGAUUCAUAUAUGAAAAUUGUAACAAAAUCUUGUAGAGAUCUAGUCCCUAAAAUAAUUAUGCAUUUGAUCAUUAACAACUCAAAAGAUUUUAUUAAUGGAGAAUUAUUAGCUCAUCUAUACGCAUCUGGUGAUCAGUCUCAAAUGAUGGAAGAAAGUGCAGAAGAAGCUGUAAAACGUGAGGAAAUGAUGCGCAUGUACCAAGCAUGUAAAGAAGCAUUGAGAAUUAUUGGUGAUGUAUCAAUGGCUACUGUUACCACACCUGUUCCGCCACCAGUCAAGAAUGAUUGGCUUGCAUCUAGUCUUGAUAACCCGAGGUUGUCUCCACCAAGCCCCGGUGGUGCUGGACGUAGAGGAGUGCCUUCCAACCCGACACCUGCAAAUGCCGCAUCAAGAGCACCUCCACCACCUCCAGCUUCAGGAAGACCAGCUCCAGCGAUACCCAACAGACCUGGACCUGAACAGGGACGACAACCUCCUGCUCCACCUGGUAGGCCUGGUGGCCAGGGACUUCCUCCUCCUUUAAUUCCUUCGCGUCCUGUAAAUUUAGUAGCCGCUCCGCGUAUGCAAAAUCGACUGCACUUUCAACGGAAUUAAUAAUGUAAUAAUUAUUGUUCGUACAUCGAUUUGCGCUUCCCCCUCGUCUUUUCGUCGUUGAGUUACCAACGGGUACCUACUACUGUUGAUUAUUAUUAUCAUAAUCAUUAUUAUUAUUAUUAUUAUUAUUAUUAUUAUUAUUAUUAUAUCCUGUUCGUUUCCUCCCUAUGUCAUCAUCAAUAAUAAUAAUAUUAAUAUUAUUUUAUUAUUUCUCGGAGAAGACAGGAUACGACUGCGUUAUAUUGUAUUAUAUAUUAUAGUGUCGUGAAAAGAAAAAUGCAAUAACGAACGAAAUCGUAUUUCCCAUUUCCGGUUCCUACGUAUGUUGUACAACCUCCUAUAUAUUAUUAUAUUAUAAUUAUUAUCACGCUCAGAUAUGACAUAUUUAUGUUUAUUAUCUGAAUACGUCGAUGAUGACAAAUAAUGUGUUUGUGUGUUUUUACAAUUCAAAAGGAGAAUACUCCUGUAUACACACACGACAUGUGAUAUUCACGAAUUCACGGACUCCAGACGAUCGUCGCRCUCACAAUAUGUGUACAUAUACAUUAUGCGUACGCGAGGAGUUUAUACUUUUUAUAUUUUGCUUUUUAAUAUUGAUAUUAAAAAUAUUAUUGUAAAACAACCAUUUUUAUUAUA